AUGUCCGACCACCCUAUUCUGAUCAUCGGCGCGGGCAUCAGUGGCCUAGUUUUGGCCCAGUAUCUCCAGCGCCAUGGUGUUCCUUUUAAGCUCUUCGAUCGUGACUCCGCGAUCGACGCCCGCAGCGGUGGAUGGGGAUUGACGCUGCACUGGGCACUCCCUGCCUUGCGCGAACUGUUACCCGAACAUUUAGUUGAGAGAUUCCCGGAAACUUUUGUCAACAAAAAGGCGUCGGCGCUCGGAGAUACCGGGCGCUUCCAGUUCUUUGAUCUCAAGUCAGGAGCUGCUUUGUAUGAUGUGCCUGCCGCUGAGCGUAUUCGGGUAAGCCGCGUUCGCUUGCGCCAGUUACUGACUACUGGGAUUGAUGUUCAGUGGAGCAAAAAUCUACAAAAUAUCGAAUCCUCUGGGGAUACAAUCACUGCUCAUUUCGCGGAUGGUACCUCAUGCAUUGGGCGACUUCUUGUUGCCUGCGAUGGCUCAAGGUCACGCACGCGCGAGAUUUUGUAUCCUGACUUGGAGAUGAACCCAUUGCCCGUACAAAUCCUUGGUGCAUCGACGCUGUAUACAGCAGAAGAGAUGGGCGGCGCCGAGUCCAUUGACCCCUUUAUCUUCCAGGGCUCGCAUCCCGACUCAAACGUGUUCCUCUUUUUCAGCUUUUUGGAUACGCCUGGCAACUUCGAUACCAGUAGCAAGGAUCGCUAUCACUGCCAGGUAAUUGUUUCCUGGGCGGAUUCUAAAGGGAUAUCAGUCCCAGGAGACAAUGCGGAGCGCAUUGCACUGAUGAAAAAUCUGACUGACAGCUGGUCUGAACCAUUCCGAUCGCUGGUUCACAAACUUCCAGACGAUGUGGAAGUGCGCUCCAUCCGGAUCGAAGACUGGAUGUUUCAACCAGGAAGGACGCAUGCUCAUCCUCGGGCAGUCUUGAUGGGAGAUUCAGCACAUACAAUGACAAUGUACCGCGGAGAAGGCGCCAACAAUGCGAUCGUCGAUGUUUUGGAUCUCGUUAACCGAGUCGACAUGCGACAGACACGCUCGUUCGGUCAAGAUACCUUGAUACCUUCCCUUGCCGCCUACGAGAAUGACGUCUUCAAGCGUGCAGAGCCCAGCGCGAUGAGUGCCAUACCAGAUAAAGCAUCUUCUGUCCGUAUCUCGCAGCGUCAACCACAAGCCUGCAGAGAGUGCACGAAGCGCAAGCGCAAAUGUGACAAACAGAUUCCUUGCACAAGGUGUAAACGACUGAACCUUAAUUGCUCAAUAGAAGUUGUCCAGCUCAGGCGCAACGCCGUGCAACAUGCUUCAGAGAUCGAGUUUCUGAAUACAGUUCUCGCGGAUCUGGAUUCUUCGUCCUCGCCUGGAAUCACACAUGUGAUUCAAAAAGUGAGAAAUAGGAUAUCACGGCUGCAAACUGGCCAGGAUCUCCCUCAAUCUGAGGCGUCCAACAUAGACUCGGCACAGCAGGAGAUAACUUUGACUGAAGAUCGUAUACCUGGGAAAUUACCGUCUUCUACCGAAUCUGCCUCAAACCAGAUCGACUCGUCACUUCUCACGGCAAUCGAGCAUCUUGCUUGGGGUCGAAAUUCUGCUGGGUGCUUCCCUCACAGGAACUGCGCGUGCCAAUAUCGCAAAAAUGGCCAACAGUUGGUAUCCAGCAACGGAUCAAUUCAAGGUGACGGUCUUCCUCUGGGACUAAACCCCAACCUCCCCAGAAUAAUAAAUGCCCAGAAACUAGUCAAAUUCCAUAUCUGUCAUGUGGCAUGGCAUCAUGAUUGCUUCCACGGCCCGACAUUUCUCGAACAGUGCGAGAUGUUCUGGGAAACUGGAAGAUAUGAUGAUCCUCUCUGGCUAGCUCUUUACUAUUCUGUCUUGAGCUCUACCGUCAGUUCAAUUCAGGAUAGCCCGAAAGCGAGAGAUUUGGUUGAUGUUGAUCUGCACACUAUGCAAUCUGCACAGCAACUCUUCUCUGCUAUGGUGCAAACUCUGUAUGACUGCCAUUUCCUCAGCAAUCUUUCAAUAUACUCAGUGCAGGCCAUUGUUAUAUCAACAGAAGUUGCUCAUAACCUCGGGUUGAGUCAGCUGAAUGCGACCCUUUUCAACGCUGCAGUGCGCAUUGCCGAGUGCCUUGGGGUCCACAAAAUCCAGGAUCACUCGACAAAGCCAGUCCGGAAUAAGGAUGAUUGGGAAGAAAGAGUUGAGCGAGAAGUCGGAAAGAGAGUCUGGUGUCAAAUGAUCAUUCAAGACCACUUCGCCAUACCAUUUACCGACACAUACAGCAUAUCCCCAAUGCACUUCUCUACGGGUCGCCCUAUGAACGCAGAGGACUAUGACUUAAUGGAUAUGCCAAUCAGCACACCAACUACAAGCACUUAUGUCCGCGUGCUAGUAAAUCUGGCGGAGCUGAUGCCCGGCCUAGUUGAUGGACUUGGCCCAAUGAACAACCGAAAGCCUCACCGUGAACAAUACCAGCAUAUUCUGCAAGUUGAUCAGAAAAUGAGAGCUGUGGUUAAAGAUAUACCACCAUUUCUUCUGCGUCCCGACAAAGAGAAAGAACAGCAAAUCCCAUGGCUUAGCAUCGCCCGACGGAGCUUAGCAAUCACGGCAGCAGAAAAGAUCAUCAUGAUUCAUCGACCCUUCCUCUUCCGCUCUUUCCAUGACCCAACGUAUAGCUACACGAGGCGUACCUCUGUCGCGGCAGCGAUGACUAUUUUACGUGAACACGAAACAAUCGUGCGGGAAGAGGAUAUCUCAAUCUGGACCCAUACCGCAUUUGCAAUUACAGCCGCAGUCAUAAUGUGCUUCGAGGUGAAUGCAAUCGCCGAGAGUGCAUUCAGUGCGAGUGCCCAGAGCUACAAAGAGGCCAUUCUUUCUGCUCGAGCCCGUCUUGCUUCACGGGACCUUGAUGUGCUCGCUCAACGAGGUGUUGCUCUGAUUGAUGCAAUCUUUACUGCGGGCUCGGACCUGAAUACUGGAGGCACGAGUUCUAAAAUGAUGGAUUUCGGUCAAAUCUUGGCCAAGUUCUCUACGUUCAGUCGAUUGAACCUUGGGUCUCCUAGCACCGAGGCAUCUCCCGGCGGAAUCCCGGUUGUUGAUUCUCAGGAUGUGAUUGGCGCUCAUUUUGAUGAGAUGCGACCUACAUGGGGGACUGCAGAGGAUAUUGAUUUCGAUGCAUGGUUCAAUGAGACUUUUUACUCUCUACAGGGACCUCUUCAGCUGUGA